CAUGUCCAAGUAAAAGCUCACUCUCUCUCCGAUGGACUCUCCUGUGGAAAUUAUCUGCAAAAAUACACUAUAUGGCCAAAAGUAUUCACUCUUCUGCCUUCACAUACACACAUCAAUUUGAGUGAAAUCCCAUUCUUAAUCCUCAAGGUUUGUUGUGAUGUCAGCCCACUGUUUGCAGAACAGCUUUAACUCCUCCGGGGAAACUUUUCACAAGGUUUAGGAGUGUUUAUGGGAGUUUGUGAAGUCAGACUCUGAUCUUGGAUGAGAAGUCUAAUUCCAUUUUCUACUUCCACAGCAAACCCACUCAUCCAUGUCUUUUUGAACGUUGCUUUGUGCACCGGUGUGCAGUUAUAUUGGAACAGGAAGAGGCCAUCCCCAAACUGUUCCCAUUGUCUGAAUUUUCCUGAUAUGAUGAUUUUACAUUUCCUACCACUUCAUGGCUGAGUUGCUGUUGUUUCCAAUCACUUGCAGUUUGUUAUAAUUCCACAAACAGCUGACUGUGGAAUAUUUAGUAGUGGGGAAAUUUCAUGACUGGACUUGUUGCACAGGUGGAAUUAUAUCACGGCACAAUGCUGGAACAUUCUUUCACAGACACAUGUUUGAAAUCCUGCAGCUGGAAACACAUUCAUAAACACAUGAAGACAUUAAAUGGAUAUCAAAUAUAUCAAAGCUGAACUCAUUUCCUGUCCAUCUGCAUAGAGCAAGAAACUGCUCUGGUUCUCACACCAAGAAAUACAAAAUUAGUGACACUUAUGUUUUCUGUUUAUUUUCAUUUGGCUCAUCUGCAUAUUAGUGCUGUGAACAGGAAGGAAGCUGGUAUUUUAUAAUAGUUGGAUUUCUUUCUUGUACUUGGAGAGCACAGCAGAAAGGUAUCUCAGUGAAACAGCUCCAAUGAUCAUUUUGAAUCAAAACUCUGGUUCAGUCCUGAAUGUAGGCGACACCGGUAAAAUCCUUCACUCCCUGAGGAUGUCAGAGGACUUUUAGUCAUGUUCAGGUCACUGAAAAGAGAAGAUGGAUCUCUGAGAGUCACUGACCAAAGAGAACCAUGGAAAACUGAUAUCCACCACAGCAGUGUGGAUUUUGAAAAAGAGAACCUUACAGGAAGGUUAGAGUCUUUAAAUACUUGUCCACACUGACCAUUUGUUGAAGCUGCUUCUUAUGUCAAACAAAAUAAAGCUUAUACCUUUAAUUAGUUCCUGUUUCUUAUGAUUUUUAGAGUAUUAUUUUAAAUCAGAGAAUUUUUUUGGCUUUUUAAAAGAACUCCAUUAAAAAAAUCAUCUGGUUUCAACCAUAAAAUGUUUCAGUUUCCCCCAGUGGUGAGACUUUAGUGUUGCUGCUUCAGUACUGAGGACUCCACUGUCUGCAUCCAUCAUCCCACCAAUGCUCUUUGCACUGAUCCAUUUCAGCGCCACAGAAGAAUCAGUUCAUACAACUUAAAGAAAAAAGAGCACAUGCUGAGAAUAACAUUAUCUUUAUUUUUCAUUGAACAAGUAAAGAUAAUCAAAGUGGAUUAAUAGUAGUUUUUAACUUCUGUGUUUACUUGCAUUUAUCCUACUGUGAACAGGAAGGAAGCUGAUAUAUUUAAACACUUCCUUUAUCUGCCUGCAGACCACAGCAAAAGAAAUCUUUAGACAACGUCCUUCACAUUUUCACACAGACAGAUGAGAGGAGCAGCUAUGAGAUUAAAUACAGCAGUGAGAGGAUUUGUUGUCGUCGUUCUCUCUGUGUCAGUGGUACAGAGUCCGGAUGGCUGGGGAGUGACUUACACUUCUACUCAGAUCUGUGCUGUAAAAGGAUCAACAGUGGAAAUAAAAUGCAGCUACACAUACCCAUCCUGGAUAUAUGGUCAAACUUAUAAAACUUAUCAAACUACUAAAGUUCAAAUGGAAUUGUGGUUUACUAAAGGAACCAAUCAUAAUCCUGUGGAUCUGAAAUCAGACUCAGACUACACAGGACGAGUGGAGUAUCGUUCUAAUCAGAAGGACUGCACUCUGAGAAUCACAGAGCUGAGAGAGAGCGACUCAGCUGUGUACAAGUUCAGAUUCAUAACAAACCAACAAGGAGGGAGUUAUACUGGUUCACCUGGAGUCACUUUGACUGUCACAGAUCUCCAGGUGCAGGUGAUCACAUCACAGCACGGACAGGAUGGUACCCAGGUACAGCUGAAAUGUCACAGCAGCUGUCUGCCUGAUCAUCCUUCCUAUGUGUGGAUGAAGAAUGGGCAGGUCAUUCUGAGAGAAACAUCUUCUACUCUUCGGUAUUCAUUUUUUCCUGAAGACAACAUUUCCUGUGCUCUAAAAGGACACGAGGAGUUUCCCUCUCCAUCAGUGUAUGAUCCAAAGCCUCCCUCUGUGUCAGUGAGUCCUUCUGGUGAAAUCACAGAGGGCAGUUCAGUGACUCUGACCUGUAGCAGUGAAGCUAACCCAGCAGCUACGUAUGUCUGGUACAAGAGGAACAGCCAACCACUCAGCAAAAACUCACAGCUCAUCCUCAGCUCCAUCCAGUCCUCUGACUCUGGAGAGUAUUACUGUUCAGCUGUGAACAAGCUGGGGUCAAAACGUAAAUCCAUCACUAUUGAUGUGAAAUAUGAUCCAAAGCCUCCCUCUGUGUCAGUGAGUCCGUCUGGUGAAAUCACAGAGGGCAGUUCAGUGACUCUGACCUGUAGCAGUGAAGCUAACCCAGCAGCUACGUAUGUCUGGUACAAGAGGAACAGCCAACCACUCAGCAAAAACUCACAGCUCAUCUUCAGCUCCAUCCAGUCCUCUGACUCUGGAGAGUAUUACUGUUCAGCUGUGAACAAGCUGGGGUCAAAACGUAAAUCCAUCACUAUUGAUGUGAAAUAUGCUCCAAAGCUUCCCUCUGUGUCAGUGAGUCCCUCUGCUGAGAUAGUGGAGGGCAGUUCAGUCACUCUGACCUGUAGCAGUGAUGCUAACCCAGCAGCUAGUUACACCUGGUACAAAGAGGAUGAAGACUCACUUAAAACAUCAGGACACAACUUCACCAUCAGCAACAUCAGACCUGAGCACAGUGGGAGUUAUUACUGUGUGGCCCACAACAACAGAGGGACUCAUAACUCCACCUUACAGCUGACUGUUGUAGCAGGAGCAGGAACAUUAGAAGCUGCUGGAGUAACUGCUGCUGUUCUCCUGCCUGUCAUAUUCUUCUCUGUCUUCCUGUGGAUUCAAAAAAAGAGGAUGUCCAAGGAACCUGUUAAAUCUGAAGACAGAGCCAACAACAGAGAACAGUGUUUACCUGAUCAGAGACAGCCAGAGGAGCAGGAUGAUCUUCAGUAUACCAGCAUCCACUUCUCCAAUAACCAGGCAGAUCCUCUCUACUCCAACAUCAGAGCAGCUCAGCCUCACAGACACAUGCAGGAACAGGAAGUUACUGAGUACACUGCUGUUAGAUUUAACAGAGGCAGUGCAGCCAAGAGAGAUAGAAGUCAGGAAACAGGAGAGUCUCCAUGUGCACUGUACUCCACAGUCAACAAAACCAGAUGAAGGGACGGGUUGAUGAUGAUGAUGUGAUAUUUAUGUAGACUCAGUGUAGUUAAGCUCAAUUGUAGUUAAGUGGUUUUUAAAAUAGGUGAAAAUUUCUUAUAUUGUUAUGUUUAGUCGAAAAAUGUUACUGUGUUUUCCUCUUUUUUUGUAUAGUUGUUGUUUUUAAAUAUCACACUGUUAAUAAUAGACCAAGAUCUGAGUGUAUACAAAAUGCAGGUUUUAAAUGAAGAAUUGUUUUUUAAGGGACAAGCAGCUAUCCAGACGUCUUGAUGCAUUCUCCAUCAUCCAGGAAAGUAAAUCUCCAAAAGUUGAAUCUGUUCAUCUGGACGUAGCGUGUGGGCUGGUUUUAGUCAUUAUGCAAAUGUACUGUUUAUAAGAUUGCGGAAACCUGCAGUCAGCUGAGACUGAAGAAGUCACUUGGAUGAGUGACGAAACGUUUCUCCCACAAAACGCUACGUCCAGAUGAACAGAUUCAACUUUUGGAGACAGCUAUCCAGACCUACCUGGAUGUAGGAAUCCAAUAAAGUCUUUUCACAACAGACAUGUCAAAGUGGAUCAGCUUCCUCACUUUGUUCAGUGAUUUCACUCAUCUAAAUCAGACCAUGGAUCACACUUUGCUAACUGUACAAGUCUCAGAUUUAAUUAUUCUGAAACUAAGUUUAAGCUUCCCAGAACUUUUUGUUGCAAGUUACAUUACUGAUAU